UUUCAGUCUGAAGUUCGUUUGGUUGAAUAAGAACAGCAGGAGGAAUAUCACACCCUACAUUCCUGCACACACUUAUAUUGUGGUGGUUGCACAGACAGCCCAUGUGUUGUGUCGGAUCUGAACUUCCUCGUCCUGCAGAAGAAGAAGAAGGAGGAUGGAGGCGUGACGUCGCUGCCCGCAGAGAGGCCCGUAGCACGGCGGGAGGAGAGAGGCAGGGACGGACGCUGCUGCAGCCGCAGAGCACACCGCUAGGCUGCGAACACACAGAGGAGCACGCCAGGACAACAAGCAACCGGCAACCCAGGGAAAACUUUGCAGAGACGGUAGCCAUAAUGCGGCACCGCCCGCCGACCCCGGAGCUGAUGUGACUGUGCACACACACCAGAGCAAGGAGGAAGCGGCGGACAACAGCACCACCUCUCCCCGGUUGCCUCGCCUCGUCGCGGCAGGUCGGACGGUCGGUGGUGGGUCUGUCUGGUCUGGAGGGAGGGGGGGUGGACAUGUCCUCGCUAACCGUGGAGGAGGACCAGAAAUGGGUACCGACACACGUCCAGGUGACGGUGCUAAGAGGCAGGGGCUUACGGGGCAAGGGCAAACACGGCACCAGCGACGUGUACACCAUCAUCCAGCUGGGCAAAGAGAAAUACUCGACCGGCGUGGUGGAGAAGACAACCGAGCCGGACUGGAGGGAGGAGUGCUCGUUUGAGCUGCAGCCCGGUGUGCUGGAGAACGGCGGGCGGAGCGGCUAUCCGGCCGGGAGCAACGAGCUGGUCCUCACCGUCAUGCACCGGGCGCUCAUCGGGCUGGACAUGUUCCUCGGACAGGCGGUGAUCCAGCUGGAUAAAGUGUUUCAUGAGACCAGAUACGUUAGAAACGAGUGGUACAGGCUCAACUCUAAGACGGGGAAGAAGGAAAAGGAACGAGGAGAAAUUCAGGUCACCGUCCAGUUCACCAGAAACAACCUGACAGCCAGCAUGUACGACCUCGUCAUGAAGGACAAGAGCGCCUCCACCUUCGGCAAGCUAAAGGAGCGCAUGAGGGGGAAGAGGAGAUCCAGCGACGACGACUCCUCCUCAGCCGUCUUACCCAGUGGUUACGGGUCCCUUCAGAAGAUGAGACAACGGCUGCCGAGCGACGGAGGCGGCGAGGAGGACUACGAGGACGACGAGGGCGGCGAGGCCCGGCGGAGCAAGAUGAGGACCUUCUUCUUGAGAGGGAAGCUGAGGAAAUCAUCAGACACUCGUUCCAGCACAUCGCUGGGCUCAGAGAGCAGCGAGUCGUCGUCACGAGGGGGGAGUCUCAGCCCAACGGCCGGGAUCAGUGUGGUGGUCUCCGACCUCUCCAACUCGCCAAGUAACAGCAGCAACCUGACGGUCGACAACAGCCCAGAGCACACAGCUAACACGUCGCCCAGGUCGUCCUCUCUCCAUGUGAGUGAGUUUGGUGAUGAGGCCGGCGAGAUCACCAUCGCAGUGCCUCAACAAACUGUGUGCGUUAACGGAAGCCAUGCUUACGAUGUCCAGCCCCUGGACCCAGGCUCAGGAAAACCUGUGGAUUCUCUAGGCCUGGGACGACUGUUGCAGAAGUCUUUGCCCGUGUCCGUGUCUUUGCAGAACCUCAGCCCACACACGUUAACCUCCCCAACCCACCCCAAAAGCCCCGUGGGGGACGGGCGCCGCUGGUCCUUCGACAAGCCCGGCGAGGAGGAGAAGGCGGCCAUAGCGGCGGCGCUGGAGAAAAGCGGCCCCAUGCUGGCCGACGAUGACGAGCGCUCGGGACAGGCUGCGCCGCACAGAGAAGCCGCGUCCUCCUCCUCCUCCUCGACGGCGGAGCUGGAGAGCCAGGGGAAAAAGCAGAGGAGGAACUUGUUCUCCCACGGGAGGAGCGAGUCUGCAGGGAAAGGGCAGAGUCAGUCCAAGGAUGAGUCUCAACAAGCCCCCGCCGCCACCAGGGAGAAAAACGGGGGAUGGUUCGGAUCAAAGGACUCGAACAGCAAACCCAGCCUGGUGGUGUCACCUACACUAGAGCCCAGCACUGACCCCCACCCACCACCCCUCCCGACUAGACCCCACCCCCCGGGUCCCCCCUUUGAUCCCACCUCUCUGGUUUCUCCGCUGCAUCACACUAACCCCUUCUCUCCCUCACAGUCCACCUCACCUCCCAUGUCCCCCUGCAACCCUUUCCUUUCUCUCGUCCAGCACAACCCUUUCUAUGAAGACAUUCUAACCGCUAAGCCCCUAAAACCUUCGCUGCCUCCUCUGCCCUAUCUUUCCAGUUCCCGGCCCCCCAUAAGUCAACUUUUUCCACAGGCGAAUAACCCUCACAAUGACUUAACCACACACGACUCCAUCAUCGGAACAGAGCCAAAGAGCAAAGUGACGGCAAAAGUUGAGAAACGACCUCUUCCUCCGGUUCCUACAGAAGGGGAGAACGCUUUAAACAAGAAGUCAGCCAACCCUUUUACGACUGCAGGAGAGCUGGAGUCAGAGUGGGACGACUCCUUUGAAGCGUUUGCAGCUGGCAGGCUGCAGCCCCCCGAGGAUCCGACCACAGAUUGCAACACACAGCAAAACCCUCCCAGUGACCGUCCACUGGAACGCUGCGGAAAUAAAAGAGCAUUGCUUCCCAUAACGGAUGCUGAUCAAAACACUAAUGUGAAUGAAGCGCUGCGUCAUCAACCUUGCACAGAAUUUGUAUUGGAGGCACAUAAAGCCGUCACUAACACUAACACACAUCACUUUGACACGUUUGCACAAUUCCUGGAGACGAUCCCGGAGCACACAAGCUUUGAGAGUGACACUCUAACUUUAAAUACUCUGUCUGCUUGCACCGAAACUAAUCAAGCUAACAGCACCACUAACACAACUGAUCUAAAAGAAACAAGCCUGCAUCAACCUCUGAGUCAUGCAUCGUCAGUAAAGCUCGACAGCAGCUCCCCGGAUCCUAGCUCAUCGGGUCUCGGCAGCUCUGCAGAAGAGGAUUUCCUCUCCUGCCUCUCUUCCUACUCCGACAAAUUCUCUGCGUCCUCCUCCGAGGAAACUGAGGCGCAGAACUUUGAGAGCGCCGUCCUCCGCUUUGAGAAAUCUCCCGAAUCAGCUGUGGUGAAGGAUUUAAAGCCAGCGGAGUCUGAAGACGGCACCGCUGACAAGUCAGUAGAUCUGUCUUUAGUUGAUGUUACCCAGCACACUGUUAUUCAGGACGGAGAUGGUUGUGAAAAGGUUGAAUUGGACGGAGAAUUGGAACCGCGGUCUCCAGUUCUUAUACAUCUUCAUCCUGUGAUCACUGCAGAAGAGACUGGAACAGAAGGGGGCCAAACUGAAGCACCAAAACUGUCAAUAUCUGACGUUUCUUUACAGGCUGAAAGAGAUUUAAACAGUUUGGACGGGACGUUGGACCCACAGUUUUCAGCGUUCACACAUCAGCAGACUGAGAUUCCUGCAAAAGAGACGGGAACUGAAGCUGACGACUUUUGGCUACGGAAUCUCUCAGAACUACAGCCGAAACCAAACGUCUCUUUACGAGCCAUCGAAGAAAACGGAGAAGACAUUUUGGGGGAAUUCAGCGGAUCUGUAUCAGUUUCAGAAGUUUUAAAUGAUUCACCAGAUCAAGAACUCUGCUCUGCACAACCGUUGUUACGCAUCAUAACGUCCUCGCCUGAUCCGAACUCUGCAGAGCCGCCUGUUGAGAUCACCACUUCAGAAAGGCGGGAUACCAGCCGACAAUCCCCGAUACCCUUUGGGCUCCUUGGCGGUUUCCUCAACACGAGUAACAUAGCGAUAAAUACGAGCCGAUGCUUCGACGAAACACUGUUGCAAACACCGAUGUCCGAUAAGAGCAACAGUCUUUAUGUCAGCACCGACUCGCAGGCUUACCAAAGCUGUGUGUCUGACCCGGCCUCCAAAUUCUCCAGCGGGUCUGAGACAAAUGAGACUCUGGACUCUGUGAACUUAACGCUUUGUGGGGAUCUGAGUGAAAGUCAGGCGACUGCUGAAGACGCUCAAGACGAUGCAACCAAACCCGACUCCGCCCAAUGUCAUCAAUCCUUCCCUAGAGCUUUGGACAAUACAGAAACUCUCGAGCCAAGUUCAAGGCACCUCAGUGAAGGAGGCGGGGAAAGUGAGCAAGCGGUGUUAGGCGGCACAUUCUUGAACUGCCCUCAGUCACCGGGUGCUACACUCCAACGCUCCCACUCUGAAGGCGACUUGACUUCUGCCUUCCAAGAGCUUCUCCUGCCCUCGUUUGGGAGCGAUCCCGGUGCGAUACAGGGUUCCUCUUCAUCAGCUCAGCCCAGCCCCCCUGACCUCCCCUCUCUCGCCUCCUUUCCUCCCUCUUUAACUCCUGAUCGUAGCAGCUCCCCCGUAGCGCUCUUUCCUCCCCCUUCUCUUGCCGACGCUACGGCGAGUUUACCAACCGGCGCGACACAAGCUACGGCGCCAAAGCCGGUGCUUCUGGAGACCGAUUGGCAGCGGCAGGCGGGCUAUCCGGAGGAGAACAGCCCCCACCACGUGAAGCCCCUGAACACUGCCAUGCUGGCUGAGGAGAAGCGGACUGAGGGCCGGUCAGUGCUGGCCACCGGCCUGGAGAAGCUCAAGUCCACCAUCCACCCGGGGAGGAGCAGCAGCCAGAUCAGUGAGCCGGAGCCGGAGAGGAAGAAGUCUCUGACGGAAGGCGCCGGCUCGUAUUACCACCUGACCCACAGCGAACUGGUCGCCCUGCUGGUGCAGCGGGAGACGGAGCUGGAGAGGCAGAAGGCGGAGUUUGAGCGUCAGAAAUUCCUGCUGGCCAAGCGGGAGGUGGAGCUGAAGAAGCUGAAGCCGCAGGUCAAAGAUCUGGAGGACUACAUAGACACGUUGCUGGUGCGGAUCAUGGAGCAGAAACCCACGCUCCUGCAAGUGCGCUCCAAGUUAAAGUGAGGAGGAAAGGGGUUUGCAGUUCACUCUAACCUCCACAACAGCUCUUUAGUCUUUUCACUGCUAUGCUGUCCUUUUUGAUACAAAUAUCUUAGAGCACUGAGAGAUGUCGAGGAGAUUGUUUUUUCCAGCCGGCAUGCUUUUACUGUGCUGAGACGCGUCCUCGUCGAGGGGGUUCGGUACGGGGAGUUUCUGAAUGUAGAGGGUCCUCAGGUUGUUUUCAGGUUCACACAGAAAGGUUGGUUUUUAAGUUCACAGAGGAGUGACACCCAGACGUUUCCCGAUUGUAAAAAAAAAAAGAAAAAGAAAAAAAAAAAAAAGAGUUUUCACCUCACCUGUCACUUCUAUCACCUUAUCACACAAAAAAAGAGAGAAAUGGUCGAGUCUCAAUCCAGGACAACGUAAACCCGUCUACACUGCUCCAUUUUGCCAUCCGUCCGUCCGUCAGGGAGGGAGGAGUCACAGCGUCGCCUGUUUUAUCUCAUUAACCACAGAUUCCAUAUUCUUUAAAUCAAUGUUUGCAGUUUCUGCAGCGUUAGAUUGAUUAGACACCUUCCUUCCAGGCAGCCUUUGGUUUCAGUUCAUUUCACUGCAGAAUUGAAAAUCAACUUGCAGAUACUUGAAUCGUGCUCCGAACAAGCUUCUGUCACAGUGAACAUUUUCAAGACUUUGUUUUUCACAGCGGCGUUCUGAAGGGAGGAGUGCAGCGACCGUGCUCUGCAGAAAACGCCUUUUUACUCAAAGACUUUAGAUUCAGUUUAGAGAAAGAAAUUCAUGUAUGAGCUCGAUAACGGUCCUUUAAAUUAAUUAAUUCUCAUUUCAUUUGAGAGAUGUUUUUUAAUUUAAUGGACUUUUCUUUUGGCUUAAAAUUCAGAAAGUCAGGGUGAUGAUGGGAUGAUUUCCGACUCGGUCCAGUGUCUGGUCUCUGCAAUAAAGGCACAAAAAGCUCCCACAAAAAAUCUGAAAAAUGUAAUAAUAAUUCAGAAAGUCUCGAUAACAGCAAGAGAAGGAGACGCGGCCAAUCCUGAAACUCUGGAUGUCUGAGUUGUAGUUUUAACAAUAAGCAGACAAACAAAACUGACGACUCGUUCAUAAACAGACUCCAAAUCCAUCGUACAAAACCAGUCAGACAGUAGUGAACUGUGCUGGAUGUUUUUGAAGCAGACGAUCAAGUUUCAGAUUUGAGAAGCAUCAAAGUUAUCAGGACAGUCCCUUCUCCAGCUGUAUUACACAACACGUAAACACAUCACCGACCGCGUCUUAAAGUAAACACAUUCUGUUCACUGCAGCGGAUCUAAAGCACGCUUCAAGUUUCUGCAAGUGUUUCUUCACGGUUCAGGGAGCGGGUCGACAUUUUUUGGAAGCACCUUUGUUUGUUUUCGCUGUGCAGAUAUUCGAUCAGAUGAAAGAUAACGUUCUCAUGUCAGUAAUAUAAACACUGAGCUUCAGACAGGAAGCAUUUAGCUUAGCUUCAGACAGGAAGUCGGAGGAAACGAGGAGCCGUGCUAAAUGCAAAGCUCUGAAGAUAAAACACCAAUAAUUUGACCUAAAACUUAAAAUGAUUACAGAGACCUGGUUUGGCUUUUAACAGCGGGAAGGUGCAGAUAAGGCAACGUCAUGAUGACCACGACUGACUUUGUAUAAAGAUGGACGUCGCGCCUCCACCUCCUCCUGUUGCACAAAAGUGAAGCCAAAUAAAAAAAAAACCUGUGACAGGUGCUGACAUAUUCUGCUGGUGAUGUGAUUUGGAGCGCCUUCCUCUAACUGAAAACAAACAUCGUUUCACUGACAGAUAAAACUUUAAAUCUCCCUCCGAUGGGGUCAGAUCUCGUGUCGAUUAUGGAAACUUCAACGACUCUUGUGUUAGCAUUCGUUAAGUUGAAUGCUAAACCAGUGCCCACAGCGUUGUAGUCGCCUCAUUGCUCAACAGAGCUGUCAAUCAUAACGAUAUUCUCUUCUUAUUUAGCAUCAAAUAACUCAAAAAUAAACUUCAGCCUGAUAAUGAGAAACUUUAACAACAAAAACAAUGUGUGAGAAACUUAUUUAUUUAUUUAGCAUGUAUUUAGAUUUUUAUAGUUUCAUCCAUGUCCUAUUGGUUAACGCAGAGGAGGCGGGGUUAAUGACCUUUACUGCAGCCGGCCAGCAGGGGGAGCUCUAAAUGUUUUGGCUUCACUUGAGGCGAGGUGUUUCUCUGUCCAUUCUUCAUACAGUCUAAGCUAAACAAAUCACCUCCUUUACUUUAAAGAUUUUAAAGUGUUAUCGAUCUUCUUUUCUACAUUCUGUAAAUGUAAAAAAUGAAAACCUGUUUAUUAUCUCGAGUUGACUGAAAC